AUGAGCGCAAACGAAUCUGGGGAAGCAGCAGCCGAUGCCAUCACGAAUGGCACAAACGCAGCGAAAAUUCCCCAGAAUGAUUCCGCCCCAUUUGGACCAUCAUCAUUGCCAGAGAACUGCGUCGAGUAUAUGAUAUUUCUUAUAGAUCAACAACUAGAGCCAAGCAAUGUUUUGUCAGGUUUAGAAGCUGUCAAAAAGGGGGGCGUUCAACUCAUGGAGAGCCUCGCCAAGGAUUACAUCUGGCAACGCGAUGGCUUCAGCUUGGAAAUAAAAAGCCAUGCAGGGUUGCUACAUCUCCACGGUAUCACGGAUCACGGCGACUCAGUAGAAGAUGAAUGGCUCAUAGUCUAUGUACUCCGUGAACUGACAAAGUCGUUCGACAACAUAUGGGUUCGCGUCUUCGACAGCGAUGGCGAGUUUCUGCUGGUCGAGGCGGCAAAUGUUGCACCCAAGUGGCUUAACCCUGAGAUGGACGGCAACCGGGUCUGGAUCCACCAAGGGAAGCUGCUGCUCAUUCCCCUAGCAGCAGGAGACAACGGCGCCAGCAAGUCCAUCUCGCUCCCUGAUGCAGUGGCAUUCAUCAAAUCUCAAGCAGGUUCGCUGGUGCACUCAUCCUUCGUCGAGUCCGAGGCGUUCUACCGGCUGGAAAAGUACCCUCAGCAGAUCACCGACUCGAUCCACUGCUCGCUGGUCACGAUUCCCAGGAAGCUGGCAUACGUGAUACAUGACAGGCCAAAGGCCAUCGCGCCCGCCGUCGAGGCCUUUUAUCUGCGGGACCCCGUGGCGCUGAAACCGCUCCUGAUGCACCCACCAUCCCGCCAGCUCGAGUUUCCGCCCAUCGAUCUCGUAACCGUCAGCGUGCGCUUCACCAAGGUGCUGUUCGCCCAGCUCCGGUCGCAGCGGUUCGAGCCGCCGCCACCCGCCUGGGCCGAGCUCCUCCCAGCCCUGCCGACCGAGUCCGACACGGGUGCCGAACCGCACUCGGCGCGCGCACGGCUGGAGAUGGGCAUGAAGGUUACCGUUGGGUUUGAGCUGCUGGCUGCCGGCGCAGAGAAGAGCCGCAGCCGCGUUGCUCGCGAGGUGGCCAUCGUGCUGGAGGAUUUGAGGGAGGAUGGUGCCGAUGCACUGCCCAGCGACGCCGAAAUUCGCACCUGGAAGGACGUCGACAGGGACGACGACGAGUCAUGGCUGGACAUCAACUACGAUGAUUUCGAGCGGGAGCUAGACGGGAAGAAGCGGUCUGGUACCUCGGGCGACUUUGGCAAAGGGGAUGCGGGCUUCGGCGACACCAAUGCCCAAGCGGAUCUGCGCAAGAUUGUAGAGCGGUUUGAGGCAUUCCUCAACGACGACGACGCCGGCAUCGAUGGUGCCGAGGUGGAUGACAUGGACAUUGAUGAUGACGAAGACGACGACUCUGACGAGGAUAGUGAGGGAGAAGAUAAAGAAGUGAGCUUCGACGAGGAAGAAUUCGCCCGCAUGAUGAGAGAGAUGAUGGGUUUACCUGCGACGGACAGGACAGGCAAGGCUCCUGCCAGACCGGCCGCUCCACCCAGGGGCUCUGCGGCAGCGGAUGAGGAUGAGCAGGAAAUCAAGGCCAUCCAGGAGCUGGCGGCUCAGAUGGAAGCAGAACUGAACGAACAUGGCGCACUGAAGCUGGACCCGAGGCCCAAGAAGCUCGCCGCCCUGAAGGGGAAGGCACCAGCAAGAGGAGCAUCGUCAAGCAGUAAACACCCUGUGGAGAAUUUGGACGAUGAUGACGACGAUGAGGAUGAUGAAGAUGACGAUGACGAUGACGGUGAGCUCAACAUAGACUAUAAUCUUGCCAAGAACUUGCUAGAGAGCUUCAAGAGCCAGGCCGGGAUGGCAGGGCCGGCAGGUAAUAUGCUAGGCAUGAUGGGUAUGGGUUUGCCGCGCGACGAAGAUGACGGCCGAGACGGGAAGUAA